CACUUCACCACAACAAUCACACUACCCCAUAAUCUCACCUCAGCGCCAACACUACCACCACGUUCUCACCCACAUCCAGGCUCGGAGCCGCCUAUCACGUCUACAAACCGAUAACUACUUUACGCCGCAAAUAUGGGUGGUGAUCUCAACCUCAAGAAGUCCUGGCAUCCCCACUUGCGCAAGAAUCAAGAGCGUGUAUGGAAAGAGGAGAAGUCAGCGCUCGAGGAGCGCAAGCAGAUCGAGAAGCUGCGCAAAGAGCGAGAGGAGGAACGCGCGCUUGAAGAGCUACAGAGGCUGCAGGAAGCCGCAGGCGGCAAGACUGUCACAAGGCGCGUCGACUGGAUGUACUCCGGCCCCGGCGGCGACGGCGCAGGUGUCACCGAGGAGCGCGAAGGCUAUCUACUUGGCAAGCGCAGGAUUGAUCAGCUACUGAAGUCGAACGACACCCAGGACCUGCAGAAGGGCGCUGCCGUCGGCAUCGAUGCACUCGGAAACGCAAACGCAAACUCAGCACGCGACACACAGAAGAAAGUUCUCGAGGAUCCUCUUCUCAUGAUCCAGAAGCAGAAGAUGGAGAUGCAGCUGAAGGCCAUGAAGGAUGCGCAGAAGCAGGCCAAGUACGAGGAGAAGCGCACAAAGGAGAAGGAGCGUGAGAGGAGGCACAGAGACCGGGAUGGAGACCGCAGCAGGCACCACCGCAGCCGCCGCGACCGUUCUCGAUCGCGCUCAAGAGACCGCGACCACCGCGACAGGAGGGAUCGCAGGCACAGCCACCGGGAUCGGGAGAGCAGAGACUACCGAGACAGCCAUCGUCGACGGUCACGUUCACCCUACCGUGGAGGUAGUCGCGGUGAUAGAGAUAGCAAGGAGAGCGCAGCUGAGCGACUGGCGAAGAUGCAAGCAGAUGCCUCGACUACAGAGGAGCAGCGUGCUGAGCGCGUGCGCGAGCAAACGCGCAAGGAUGCUGAGGAGGAGGAGCGUGUCCAAAGUAAUCUGAAUACCUCCAGGCGUCUCAAUGCUGGCAUGGGAUCGUCGAACAUGGGUCUAGGCGACGCGAUCGCGAGAGGCCGGCUGAGGGCAGAGGUCGAUGCUUAGAAAGCAGCAUGGCGUUAUUUUCAAGGUUCAAAACAGCAUGAUACCCAAGAAUGAAUUUCUUUGAUACUCCACUGAAGACCUCCAGCCGUAGAAAGCCAUCUGUAGAUGCCUGACUCGAAAUCGAUAUCAGAU